AUGCAGACGCUAAGACCAUUCAUACUGACCACUCCCAAAUUCUAUUUUUCUCAGAUUAACAUAAUCAUUAUGGCUCCGCUCGCGUCCAUCCCAGACUUUGGUCUAAACACUGAUGACGUUCGCUACCUCAGCGUUGAAUCCAUGGUUAGGGGUCGAGGACCGGAACGUCUGAGAUAUUUGGACCUAGAAGGGCACUGGACGUUGAGCGGUAAGAGUGUUCCCUACAUAUCGCAGACAUUUAACCAUCUUGAACAUCUGAACGAAGCAAGGAUUCCAUUUAGGGAAUUUAUCGAACAACCAAUCAAUGCCAUCGGAAUGAUCGGAUGGACACCCUCUUCUGAAGCGACCAAAGUAGAUUCUGGCGAAAGAAGGACACCCUCAAGGGUCAAACUUCCGGUGCCCACGGUAAUAGAAGAAGAACUUCCGCCUAGUCCACGCGAAGAUGUUCCUCAUCGCUCGGCUGGUUACGGACCCGCUCAUCAAAAACGCAAGCUGUCGAUUCCGGACCGUAGCAGGAGCACGUCGCCACAUCGCGCCGAGUCGCCGAUUCCGACGUACGAUCGCUACGCGAAGUAUGAACGGAACAGAGCAGACUCGUUCACUCGUUACGGCACCAAGUGGGGUGCGGACGCGGCGUCGAAAGCCGAAUCUCCUUCACCGAAGGAGUACUCAGAUUUCCGUCCACCACAUAGAACUCCGGCACUAAGCCCGAGGAUAAGUAGCCCAUUGCCGAGUCGUAAUAUCGUCAAUAUGUACAGCAGCAGCCGAGUGUCGACACCUUACAAGGAGGAACUGAGAGUGCUGACCAGAGAACAGAAGCAAGGUUACGUUCCAUACAGAAGUGGAGGCUACGGUGCUUACCAUGAGAAAAGACAGUAUGAGCUUUCGCCACGUUCAAUCGGAUCUUUGGGAGAUUACACCAGCGCUUCCGAGCAGUCUUCCCCGGCAUCAAUGUACGCAGAGAGAAAUCCUGACGAGAUCGUAAUGAUGGAGUAUCACUCGAGAAGGACCACUGGCACAUCGCCAAGAAGCACUUGGGUGCACUAGUCUAACACCACCAUCAGCUUCCCGAACAUUUUUUUAUCAAAGCUUCCUUAGCCUAGCCCCCUCCCCCCUCCCCAUUCCUCGCAUUCCCCCUUCCGCUCGGAACAAUUGUUACCGCCAUACGCUAAGCUGCCUGUGCUCGAGACAAACAAAGUUAAACAAUACCUAUUUUCUCGCUAUAGACAUGUAAACAUGUUUUAUGUAAAUAACUUUUCUUCGAAAAGAAGAAAUCGCGUGUUGGUGUUACGCGAAACCUGUAUUUUGCUUCACCGCUGCUUUUUUUCAAAAAAUAAAUAUCUAGC